CUUUAAAAAAAACACUCCACUCCACUCCCGAGAGAGGAAGAAAAUUCCCUCACCCAAGCCACCGCCCACCGCACUCUUCCAGUCUUCCUCGCUGUCUUCUUCUCCAUCCCUCCAGUUCGAAAAUUCCGUCCCUCGCGCCCAAACUCCAAACCCUAGCCGGUCCGGCCCAGCCCCCCGCCCCGCCGGCUCCGUGCGCGGAACAUGCGGGAUCUGGGCCCAUGGCGACCGGCCCCGAUCUGACCUCCUCCUCCUCCGCCGACGCCGCCGCCGCCGCCGCGUCGUCGGCGGCCAAGAAGGACCGCCACAUCGUGAGUUGGAGCGCCGAGGAGGAUGACGUGCUUCGUGCUCAGAUUGCGCACCAUGGAACUGACAAUUGGGCAGUCAUAGCCACACAAUUCAAGGAUAAGACUGCCAGACAGUGCAGGAGGAGAUGGUACAAUUAUCUGAAUACAGAGUGCAAGAAAGGCGGGUGGUCUCGUGAAGAGGACAUGCUUUUAUGUGAUGCUCAAAAGCUUCUUGGUAACAAAUGGACUGAAAUAGCAAAGGUUGUCCCGGGCAGAACUGAUAAUGCAGUGAAGAAUCGAUUUUCUACGUUAUGCAAAAGGCGGGCCAAGGAUGAUGAGCUAUUCGAGGAAAAUAGUACAGUAUGCUCCAAUGCUAAUGCAAAGAGGGUACUGACACAGACUGGUGGUCUCACAUGUGGAGCACCUAGCUCUUCACCACCUAUCAAGAACAUGAGCUCUUGUAAUCCUGAUUUCAAGGAAAACUUAGCACCAAAUAUGAAGUCAUUUGGACAAGAAAAGAGCAUACGGCAUGAUUCUCGGCAACCCCUUUCUAGGAUUUGUCCAGACAAUCAGAGUGUGAAUAUUGUAAAAACUCAGAGUCUUGUCACUAAAACCUCAACAAAGCAAUUACAUGGCGAAGAACAGAGCUGUGUGAAGCAUGAGGGUAAUUUUUUGAAAAGGAAUGAUCCAAAACUUGCUACUUUACUUCAGCAAGCUGACUUGCUUUCUUCCCUAGCAACAAAAGUAAAUACUGAAAAUACAAGCCAAAGCAUGGAUGAAGCCUGGCAGAAACUACAACAUCAUUUGGUUAAGAAAGAUGAUAAUGACAUGUCAGAGAGCAGUAUGUCCGGAACAGCUUCUCUCCUAGACGAUCUCGACGAUUUAAUUGUUGAUCCCUAUGAGAAUGAAGAAGAAGAUGAACAGAAGUCCAGAGAGCAGAAUGGAGUAACAUCACAAAUAGCUCCUGAUCAAAUAAUGGAUAAUUGCCCAGUUGAUCAAAUCACAGAAGAAAAUAGCCUUUGUGGAAACACACUAUCUAGUAGUAUGGAACCUUGCCCAGUUGCAGAAAUUCUAGCUUAUGUAAACUUGGGCGAAGCUGCCGAAGAUAUGGGGCUUCAUUGCAUGGAAUACAGUUCUCCUGCUCUUGCAGCUCAAGCUCAGCAAGCUAAAGCAGAUGCAGAAAUACUAGCGUCUGUAGACUUGAGUGAGUCUGCUGAAGCUCAAGCUCAGCAGGCUAAAGCAGAUGCAGAAAUACCAGCGUCUGUAGACUUGAGUGAGGCUGCCGAAGGUAGUUGGUCUCAGUUUAUGGAAUACAUGUCUCCUGUUCAUACCGUUUUGCAUGCUGAAGGAGAUGCAGAAACACCAGCAUCUCUAAAGUUGAGUGAGGCUGCCGAAGGUAGCUUGCCUCAAUGUAUGGAACACAUGUCUCCUGCUCAUACACUUCUGCAAGCUAAAGCAGAUGUAGAAAUACCAUCAUCUGUAGACUUGAGCGAGGCUGCGGAAGAUAGCUGGUCUCAGUUCAUGGAAUACACAUCUCCCGCUCAUACAGUUUUGCGUUCUCAAGCAGGUCCAGAAACACUGGCACCCGUAAAGUUGAGUGAGGCUCCCGAAGGUAGCCCGCGUCAAUGUAUGGAACCCAUGUCUUCUGCUCAUACACCUCUGCGAGUUAAAGCAGAUUUGGAAAUACCAGCAUCCGCAAACUUGAGUGAGGCUGCCAAAGAUGACAGUCUUCAGUGUACAGAAUACACCUCUCCUGCUCAUGCAGAUUUGCAAGCUAACGCAGAUGCAGAAAUAUCAGAGAAUUUCAGCGAGGUUGCCCAAGAUUGCAGGCUUCAGUGUGCUGAAUUUACUUCCCCUGCUCACACAGCUAUCGAAGGUAAAGCAGUUGCAAAGAAACCAGCUUCAGAGAACUGCAGCCAGGUUCCGAAAGAUAGCUGCACCCAGCCAUGCAUGGAAUUCACCUCUCCUGCUUGCACAGUUCCAACUUUCCAUCCAUUCGCAGAUGAUGUGCCAACUCCAAAAAUUACUGCCAGCGAGAGGAAUUUUUUGCUGUCUGUGCUUGAGUUGACCUCACCUGGAUCGAAGACAGAAACUUCUCAGCAGCCUUCUUGCAAAAGGGCUCUUCUUAAUAGCCUUUGAAGGGGUAUAUAUAUGUUUGAUGCAAAUACAUUUUGCAUUUUUCGGUUCUCACCGUAUCCAAUUCCCAAGCCUGCCAUGCUCCUCAGCAUGUAUACCUUGACUUCCCUAGAUCUAAUUUUAACUAGGGUAGUUCUCCCUACUCCUAUUUGCAUCAAAGUGUGCCUAGCUCGUGUCAUAGUCCAGCUGUUUGUAUGAGGUCUCAAUAGCUUGGUUUGUUGUCGUUUGGUUGUACAUAUCGCAUUGGCGGUGUUGUAGUAGCAUACAAAAUUUGGAGAAAAGGGGGUGAUGUACCCUGAGAGUCACAGCUUGUAUUCAAAAUAUAGAAUAAGGUAUUCUUUGUGUAAUUAACCCUUUGUAACUUAUCUAUCCGGUGCAGAAUAUAUUGGCUUGGUUUGGUGUGA